AUGGACCUGAGGGAUUUUUACCUGUUGGCUGCUUUGAUUGCCUGUUUAAGGCUGGAUUCUGCUGUAGCUCAAGAACUUAUUUACACUAUUAGAGAGGAGCUGCCUGAAAAUGUACCCAUAGGGAACAUACCAAAGGACCUGAACAUUUCUCACAUCAAUGCUGCCACGGGGACCAGUGCCAGCCUUGUCUACAGACUGGUGUCUAAAGCAGGGGAUGCCCCUCUGGUCAAAGUGUCCAGUAACACUGGGGAAAUCUUUACGACAUCCAACAGAAUAGACAGAGAAAAACUCUGUGCUGGAGCUUCCUAUGCAGAAGAAAAUGAAUGUUUUUUUGAACUUGAAGUGGUGAUUCUCCCCAAUGACUUUUUUAGGCUGAUCAAAAUAAAAAUUAUUGUAAAGGAUACUAAUGACAAUGCACCUAUGUUUCCAUCCCCUGUCAUCAAUAUCUCCAUCCCAGAAAACACUCUGAUCAACAGUCGCUUUCCAAUUCCAUCAGCAACAGAUCCAGACACAGGUUUCAACGGUGUGCAGCACUACGAGUUGCUAAAUGGGCAGAGUGUCUUUGGACUGGAUAUUGUAGAAACUCCAGAAGGAGAGAAAUGGCCUCAGCUGAUCGUUCAGCAGAACUUGGACAGAGAGCAAAAGGAUACCUACGUGAUGAAAAUAAAAGUGGAGGAUGGAGGCACCCCCCAGAAAUCCAGCACAGCCAUCCUGCAAGUCACAGUAAGUGAUGUCAAUGAUAACAGGCCAGUGUUUAAAGAGAGCCAAGUAGAGGUCCAUAUACCAGAGAAUGCUCCUGUAGGCACUUCAGUAAUUCAGCUUCAUGCUACAGAUGCAGAUAUAGGAAGCAAUGCAGAAAUCAGAUAUAUUUUUGGUGCCCAAGUCGCCCCUGCAACCAAAAGAUUUUUUGCUUUAAACAACACCACAGGGAUGAUUACAGUUCAGAGGUCCUUAGAUCGAGAAGAAACUGCUAUUCACAAAGUGACAGUGCUGGCUAGUGAUGGUAGCUCUACACCAGCCAGGGCAACUGUUACCAUCAAUGUCACUGAUGUAAAUGAUAACCCUCCUAACAUAGACCUCAGGUACAUAAUAAGUCCCAUCAAUGGCACAGUGUACUUAUCUGAGAAAGAUCCUGUCAAUACAAAGAUUGCCCUAAUUACAGUUUCAGAUAAGGACACUGAUGUGAAUGGCAAAGUGAUCUGUUUCAUUGAGAGAGAGGUCCCCUUCCACUUGAAGGCAGUUUACGACAACCAGUAUUUGUUAGAGACCUCUUCCUUGUUGGACUAUGAGGGCACCAAAGAAUUCAGCUUUAAAAUUGUUGCCUCUGAUUCUGGCAAGCCCAGUUUGAACCAGACUGCCCUGGUAAGAGUUAAACUGGAGGAUGAAAAUGACAACCCUCCGAUUUUCAGCCAGCCUGUAAUUGAGCUGUCAGUUUCUGAAAACAACCGUCGUGGUCUAUACUUAACAACUAUUAGUGCCACAGAUGAAGACAGUGGGAAAAAUGCAGACAUUGUUUAUCAGCUUGGCCCUAAUGCCUCCUUUUUUGAUCUGGAUCGAAAGACAGGAGUUUUGACAGCCUCCAGAGUUUUUGACAGAGAAGAGCAGGAACGUUUCAUUUUUACUGUUACAGCCCGAGACAAUGGCACCCCUCCUUUGCAGAGUCAAGCAGCUGUAAUUGUUACUGUGUUGGAUGAAAAUGACAACAGUCCCAAAUUUACUCAUAAUCACUUUCAGUUUUUUGUCUCAGAGAACUUACCAAAGUAUAGCACAGUAGGGGUGAUCACAGUGACUGAUGCAGAUGCUGGGGAAAAUAAAGCAGUGACCCUUUCCAUCCUGAAUGACAAUGAAAACUUUGUGCUGGAUCCGUACUCUGGAGUUAUAAAGUCCAAUGUUUCUUUUGAUCGAGAACAGCAGAGCUCCUAUACUUUUGAUGUUAAGGCAGUGGAUGGAGGACAACCUCCUCGCUCUUCUACAGCAAAAGUAACCAUAAACGUCAUGGAUGUUAAUGACAACAGCCCUGUUGUCAUCUACCCACCUUCUAAUACUUCUUUUAAGCUAGUGCCACUCUCAGCAAUUCCAGGAUCAGUGGUAGCUGAGGUCUUUGCUGUGGAUAUAGACACUGGCAUGAAUGCUGAGCUGAAGUACACAAUUGUAAGUGGAAAUAACAAGGGGUUGUUCCGGAUUGAUCCAGUGACAGGUAAUAUCACUCUGGAAGAAAAACCAACUCCUAAUGAUGUGGGGCUGCAUCGCUUAGUUGUCAACAUAAGUGAUUUGGGUUAUCCCAAAUCCCUGCAUACUCUUGUACUUGUGUUUUUGUAUGUAAAUGAUACCGCUGGAAAUGCCUCUUAUAUUUAUGACUUGAUACGCAGGACUAUGGAAACACCUUUGGACCGGAACAUAGGGGACAGUAGCCAACCCUAUCAAAAUGAGGACUAUCUCACGAUCAUGAUUGCUAUUGUGGCAGGUGCCAUGGUUGUCAUAGUGGUGAUAUUUGUAACAGUUCUUGUUCGUUGUCGGCAUGCAUCCAGAUUCAAAGCCGCCCAGAGGAGCAAGCAAGGUGCUGAGUGGAUGUCUCCCAAUCAGGAGAACAAGCAAAACAAGAAAAAGAAAAGGAAGAAAAGGAAAUCUCCAAAGAGUUCUCUUUUGAACUUUGUGACCAUUGAGGAGUCCAAACCUGAUGAUGCAGUUCAUGAACCUAUCAACGGGACAAUAAGCCUUCCAGCAGAGCUGGAGGAGCAAAGUAUAGGAAGAUUUGACUGGGGCACAGCACCACCAACAACUUUUAAGCCUAACAGUCCUGAUCUUGCCAAGCAUUACAAGUCUGCCUCUCCACAGUCUGCUUUUCAUCUCAAACCUGACACUCCAGUUUCAGUGAAAAAACACCAUGUGAUUCAGGAGCUCCCGUUGGACAACACCUUUGUUGGUGGUUGUGACACCCUUUCCAAACGCUCUUCCACUAGUUCAGAUCACUUCAGUGCCUCAGAGUGCAGUUCCCAAGGAGGCUUCAAGACAAAGGGCCCCUUACACACCAGACAGUGUUCAGGCUACUCUGAAAAUGAUAACAUAGUUUUAAUGCACCAGAAGUGCCCAGGAUCUGUAAGAUUUCAUGUGAGAGAGAGAGAGGGAGGACAUAAGGAAUCCCAGCGCCGUGUUACAUUUCACCUCCCUGAUGGCUCCCAGGAAAGCUGCAGUGACAGUGGUCUAGGAGACCACGAGCCAGUGGGUGGUGGAACCCUGAUCUCACACCCUCUCCCUCUGGUUCAGCCGCAGGACGAAUUCUACGACCAGGCUUCACCGGACAAGAGGACUGAAGCUGAUGGCAACUCUGACCCCAACUCCGAUGGACCUCUUGGGCCUCGAGGAUUAGCUGAAGCUACAGAGAUGUGUACUCAAGAAUGCCUAGUUUUGGGUCACUCAGACAACUGUUGGAUGCCUCCCAGCUUGGGCCCAUACCAACAGCCAAAGUCUCCUCUCUCCACCUUUGCACCUCAGAAAGAAUGGGUUAAGAAGGACAAACUAGUUAAUGGACACACAUUGACCAGGACCUGGAAAGAAGAUAGCAACAGAAACCAGUUCAGUGACCGAAAGCAGUAUGGUUCCAGUGAAGGCCAUUUCAACUCUGGCAGCCACAUGACUGACAUUCCUCUGGCCAACUUGAAGUCUUACAAACAGGCCUCAGGAGCUGCUGAGAGUCCAAAGGAGCACCAGCUAUAA